AUGGGUGUGGCCAUGAUGAAGGCCGUGCCCUUGGUGUCUUUGUUGGUGGUGCUGCGACGCACCUGGCGCUUGAACCAGAUCAUGAUGAGGAAUAGGAGGUCAAAGGUUUGGAUCUUGAUUCGGUCUGCCUUUGAGAUGUGGACCCUGAUCGAAUUGAUUUUUUGGAUCUACUUCAGGUGCAAGAAGUGGAGCUUAGAGGCUCGCCGCGCAUAUCAGCCUCGUGUCCUGUGGAAGGCUCGUGGCGAGAGGCAGCUGGUCGACAGAUUGGGCCUGGAACUGAAGUCAUGGCAUGUUACCUUCAUAAUUGGCCAGGUGCGCGAGGCCGUCCAGAUGACGGAUUUGGAUGAGCGUGUUGUGGGCACUUCAUCCACGAGAUCAAUGCAAAACAUCUUGGACGCUCGAGCAGCAAUGGCCAAGGAGAAGGCAGGGACCCUCGAGCCAGGUGACACUACGGUUGUGCUCCCGCUAGUGCCGAAGCGGGGCACGUUGGGGAGGACAGUGCGGUUGAAAAGUGGCCGCAUUGCAGCAGAGGAUGAAGUCACAGACAAGAUCCUGCAGAAGCUUGUUGAUGAGAUGGUGAUCUUCAAGGCACCCGUCUUGGAGGACAUAAAGAAGUCCAUGAAUCCUACAAGGGCCAAGGAGGCAUUGCUGGGGAAGUAUCGCAUCUCAACGGUCCGACGGUAUUUGGCUUCAUGGCAGAAGUUCAGAGAGUGGGUGGAAGCCUUGGGGAAACCUGGACAGAGGCCAAACAGUGUGGCAUUGGUCGACUACAUGUAUGCCCGGGAGGAGGAAGGCAUGGGGCCCUCAAUCCCCAUCGCGGUGAGCACUGCGGUGUCCUGGUUUGAGCGCACGGCCGGGAUUCCUGAUGAUGAGCAGCUCAUGGGCCAGCAGUUCCCGCAGAUGGUUAUGAAGGAGUUGACGAGGAAGCUGGAGCAGAAUGCACCACCGGUCCGUCGGGCGCCUCGGUGGUUGGGGUGCUUCAUAGCGCCUAUGGAAACUCUGGUUGUGGACAAAGCUGUCCAAUUUGAGGUCAGGGUUUGCGCCUGGUUCAAGCUGAUCAAGCUUUGGGCGUCGAUGAGGUUUGACGACGCUGCCCAUUUGAAGACCUCCGAGCUCCGCUUCUAUGACGGCCAGUUGAUUGGUAUGAUGCACCAGUCCAAGACUUCAGGCGCCGGGAAGAGAGUGCGUGAGCUUCCGAUCUUCAUCGCAAAGGAGGCAUAUGCGCUGCACGAGGAUUGGCUGGCGGUGGGAUUUGAGUUGGUGAAGCUCCAGAUGCCCAGAGACAGGGUCUAUGUGUUCCCGGAGGGGUGCUUCUAUGGGUCGAGAUACGGGGCGUCGCACGUCACGUACGCGGAGGCCUCAGCAGGGAGCGCAAGAGCUCUGGCGAUGUUGGAGGGCUACAAUGGCCGCUUGAUCCCGGAUGGCUGGGAGAGGUUCUGGUCAGAGCACAGCGAGCGGGCGACCUUGCCCAGCGGACUUGCAGCUCUGGGCGUGGAGAAGUCCGAUAGGGACUUGCUGGGGAGAUGGUGCCCAGAGGGUUCGGACGUCUACGUGCGGACCUACAAUGCCAUCGUGAGAAAGAUGCAGAAUAAGAUGGUAAAAGUCCUCAGAGGAGCAAACGUGUAUGGAGAACUUGAUGAAGGGGCCGUGAUGGAGGAGCUCAAGGUCUGGCUGCAUGAAAAAUGGACCGUGCAAGAGGAUUUGGCCGAGCAGGUCGUGGAAGCAUGGAAGGACAGGCUGGGCGUCAAGGGAAUGCCAAGGGCUACAGUCCAGAUCUCGGAUGAUGACACCACGAUCUAUGAUGGGUCGCAGAGCGAGAAGGAUGACGGUGAGAAGAGCACUAGGGACCCAAAGAAGAGAAAGGCGAGUGAACCUCUUGAAGAAGAGAGGGAUGGCAAUUUCGUGGUGGUGUACAGGCGUGCCGGCAGGGGCACAUUGCACCGGCUGGGCGACAAGGGCUGCUGGAUGGCAAAGAGGAGGUUCUUUGUGAGAUCAGAGGUCCACAAAGAGUUGCCGCAGCCUGAGGAGUACACGCUUCGAUGCAAGCUGUGUUGGAGCGGAGGAAAUGGACAGCUCAGUGAAUCCACCAGUGAUUCCAGGGACGAGCUGAGUCUCAGAGAUCAAUGCGCAGCGUGCGCAAGGGAAAAUCCAGUGGAGGAGAAGGCUGGCGCCGUCAUGCCACGGGCGGUUCUGACCGAGGAUGAGGGCAAGAAGGCCCUGGAAGUUGCGGGUACAGAUAUCAAGUACCUGCUGUCACGACAUGAGGUGAGCAUUGAGAACCAGAAGCUGUUCUUCCACCAUGGAGUGACGACGCUUGAGAAGCUUUCAAAUUUCGCCAAGGACCGGGACGACCUGGCGGCAGUCCUCAAGGACCACUGGGAGUUGGACUCGAGUAGAUCCUUGGAUGAGAGGGUGCAGGUGGCAGCGAUCACGUGCGCCUUCAGCAACGCAAAGACGAGGAGUCAAAGAGCCGCAGAGGUAGACGCCGAGUACGACACCUUGCAGUGGUCGAGGCCGGUAGUGGCCGGAGAAUGGGCGGCCAUGCGGUCAGCAUUGGAGAGGCGCUACGGGCACGUGGAAGACAAGAUCUAUCCUUCCAAGGAGUACAUCGAGAAGAAGUUGGCAGAGGUUGAAAGCGGUGAAUACCGUGCCGAAGAGCUGACUGAAGUCGUGUCGAAGGAGGAAAUCGAGCCUGAUGCUGUGGUGCCUAUUUGGGACUCCAAGGGCCGCCUGGCCAUGCGUAAGGCCUCAACAAAAGUCCCGGAACCGGAGAACGCGGAAGAACUCCGCAGGCGAUUGACGAUCUGGAAGAAUGCCAUGGUCAUGAUUUCGAUGAAGCAUUCCAAUCGCCAUGAACUCCAAGGGGCAUGGGAGGACGCAGUUGAGCAAUACAAGGACUACUUGUUGGGCGAUUACGUGUAUGGCCUCAGUGCAAAAGACGCUGAAGGGCAGACUUUUGCCUCACCACCAUGGAAGCUGGUCAUUGCCUAUGAACGGGCGAUUCGGAAGCAGGCAGUGAAGCUCACGAACACGGAGGGCAAGCCGUUGACGGUGGCCUUGAAGACAGCGCGGAAAGAUGCAACCGUCAAGGAAAGGAACUUCACUACACCAUUGGCAUUGUACGCGAAGAGGCCACCACCGCCGUGGAGGGAGCAGCCAGCGGCCAAGUGGAGGACCCCUGAGAAAGGGGAGAAGGGCAAGGAGAAGGGCAAGAGCAAGAAGGGGAAAGGCAAGGGGAGCAACCCCCACUGCGCCACACACACCCCGGACGGCGAAUUGAUCUGCUUCCGCUACAACACCCCGGGGGAGAAGUGCAAGGUGGCCAAAUGCAAAUACCGCCAUGUGUGCGGAAUAUGCUUUAGCGAGAAGCACCCCCUCUACGAAUGCAAUCCGAAGAGCAGAAAGGAGCCAGUGGAGAUCACCGAGUUGGACGUUCAAGCAGAUAGAAGGGCAGAUUUCACUUUGCCAGCUGUACAGAAACGGUGGUUGCAGAUCAUUGCUCAAGGCAUUUUCUUUGCAAUCAUUGUCACACCACCCUGUUCAACCUUCUCGAGAGCAGUGUGGGCGAAUGAUCACGGGCCUUUCCCGGUGAGGAGCUCAAGCUAUCCGAGGGGGUUCCCUUGGAAUAGGGGGGAGCGUUUCCACAAAGCUGAAUUCGGGACGAUCCUGGCUGAUUUUUCAUUUGAAGCUUUGAGACGUCAAUUUGCACGCAAACGCAGUGUGGGCAUCAUGGAGCAACCAGAAGACCUCGGCAGGACCUCGUAUGAACGCAUGCCCGGACAUCGGCCUGCAUCAAUGUGGCAGUUCUGGCAAUUUUGGGAGCUGCUGGAGGUUGAAGGAGUGCAGACAGUGGUCUUUGCACAGAGUCAGUUUGGCACAGAGUCGCCAAAGCCUACGAGGUUUUUGAUGCGCAUUCAUGCAUCACUUCAUCAAGCAAUGCAUCCAGGUCCACCUCAAUUCGAUGAUGAUGGUUGGUAUGUUGGUCCCUUGCCGCGGACAUCAGGGGGCGCCCCUCUGAUCGGCAAGAAGGACGGAGUUUUCAAGACCGCAAACUCUGCUGCCUGGCCUCCAGCAUUGUGCAAAUGGACAGCAGAGGCUAUUCUCACCUCCUUUCAGCAAGAGUGUAGAGGGGGGGGUGAGGAGUCAUUGGAGGAGGUUCUUGGUGGGAAAUCUUCGAAGAAGAGGAAGGUGGAGGAGAGAUCAUUUGGCCAAGAGAAGCGCAAGAGAAGCGAGAUGUGCGUGAAGGAUGAGGUGAAAGUGGACCCUAUGAGUCCGUUGGUCCCGGGAGGACAAGGUGCUCCAAGGGCAUGCCGUUGGAAGGGUUUGGAAGCUCCCUUUCAUGAUGGUGGAGGUUUGGCUUCCCCCGGGAGAUGGCCGCCUGAGAGGAGGAAGAAGCUCGAAGAGGAGGUAUGGGUGGCCGUGAGGCAUCAGUUGCGGCUGGAGGCGGUACGCUCCCUCGGGAGUGUUGCGGAGGUGGAGAGAGAAGCGUUCAGAAUGACAAGAGGGGGCGAAGCUUUCAGUCUGGUCAGGGACGCUGCAUUCCUUCGGAGAAUCAGGGAGGUUUUGUCGGAGAAGCUUGGGAUCAUGGACCAGGCAGAGCCGGAAGAGGGGCAGCCAUUCUUUCUGGGCCUCAUGAAGGAAGUAUUGAGGAAGGCUGGUGAUCCGGAUUGGGCCUUCCUGGAGCAAGCGAAGACGGGGUUUCCACUUGGAGUGCUCAACGAACUGCCACGGACACCGGAGGUGUUUGAGGAGCAGCUACGUUGGAACCUGGAGAGUGAUGGCUGGGGUGAGGCUGCUUUGCAAAAGAGCAAUUACGCCUCGGCUGAGGAGCAUGAGAAGUAUCUGGUGGAGCACUUGGAGCAGGAGGUGUCGGAAGGCCUCAUGGUCAAGAUGGAGGAGGAUGCUUUUGUGGAGAAGUUUGGGGACAACAGAGCAGUAGCAGCAUUGGCAGUUCUCGUGGAGGAUGAGAUCACGGGCAAGAAGCGUGUCAUCCAUGAUGGCACGCAUGGUGUGAGGGUGAACCAUCGGAUCAAGUGCAGAGACAAGGUCCGUAUGCCUGGUCCUAGGGAGAAGAGAGCCUUGUUGGAAGAGUAUGAGGCCGAGCAUCAUGCAGUGCUCUCGCUGGUGGGCGAUUUUGCGAAGGCUCAUCGCCGUUUCAAGUAUGCUGAGGAGGAGCAGGGCUUCCUUGGAUGCAAGUCUUCCACUCAGUCGAGCACGGUUUACGUGAACCAAGUGGGCACCUUUGGGGUUGCAUCGACUCCGUAUUGGUGGGCAAGGUUGAGUGCAGCCCUGAUGUGCUGGCCAUUUGCGUUUGGGGCCCCAUUCAAGUGGUCAAAACAGAGGGGUGGCCUCAUCACAGAGUGGAUUGGUCUGACGACAGACUAUCAGACCUAUUCGAUGGGGCUUUCAGUGAAGAGGACAGAAUGGGUGAUCGGCUGGAUACAGUCAUUGAGGGAGCGCAAGGAGGUGUCCUACAGAGAGUUUGCGGCGGGGCUAGGCAGGCUUGGCUUCUCUGCUCUGGCACUCCCCUGGGAGAAACCGCUCCUUGGGCCUUUGUAUGCAUGGUCGUCGGCAAUCCAAUCGAACAAGGGUGAGAUGACCAUUCCCUGGGCAGUUCUGUUCAUUUUGGGCUGGAUAGCACAGAGGCUCAAGACCGGGGGCCGCAUGGAGGUCGUGAGGCGGCCCCAGGGCUCCGCCUCGCGCAUGGUGAGGAUCUGGACGGACGCCAAAGCAACAGAACAGGCUGCUUGGAUAGGGGGUUGGCUUGAAGAGAGCUCCAACAGCAGGGAUUGCAGGUGGUUUUCAUUGAAGGUGACGGAGAUCAGUGCGCCCUGGCUAUACUGUAGGCAGAAGAAUCCCAAAAGAGUGAUUGCAGCACUGGAGCUCCUGGCCACGUUGGUGGCCUUGAAGCUGUGGCUUGUUGAGGCAGGGGCAUCAGCAGAGGUAUGUGCAGAAGCCUUUACAGACAACAAGGGCAACGCAUUCAUCAUUCGCAAGGGCCUUUCAACGAAGUACCCAGUGACGAUUUUGGUCAUUGAGAUUGCGGAGACGCUCAGGAGGACGGACACCUUUGCAACCUUGACGUGGGUGAGGAGAGAUGGAAACACAUUGGCAGACGCUCUGACCAAUGAAGAUUUCAGUUCCUUCGAGAGCCAGAAGAGAGAGCAAGUCGAAGAGAGCAAGCUGAAGUGGUACGUCAUGGACGAGCUCCUCAGGGGCAGUGAGACGUUGUUCAAUGAGAUCAAGGAACACAAGAAUAGAAAGAAAGUUGAGAAGGCCAAUGGAAAUCAGACCAGGAAGAAGGUCGAAAACUUCUUGCGCCUUUCAGACGAGCCCAACCCCUUUGGCACGGAGGUGGCAAGGGCCUCUCAGAGCUUUAUGCCCUCCACAGCUCCAUCGGUGGAAAACCUGCUGCGAUCUUGGGAGGUUGCAGACACAACACCAAGAACACCAGCUGAAGUUGAUGUGCACUGCCUGAAGCAUUUGGAGUUGUGCUCAUGGUUUUCUACACUGACCCCGGAAGGGAAACGAGAUAUUUGCAGAGAUGUUCGACAAGUUCGCCGAGGGAACAUCGAACAAUGGGUCUUGUCCUAUUUCUUUGACGGGGCCGAAUCCACUUCGGAGCUCACGGACCACGAGUCUGUGGAGGUUCAGGAGCUAAUUGAUGCGGUGGCCACGUGGGCUGACCUGCCGUUGCCGGACGCGCUCAAAGAUUGGGCCGGAAAGAAUGAAGGCUUGAAGUGCUUUCGCAUGAGGAAUGAUCCAUUUCCAGCUGUUCACCGGCCGCUGCUGGCCUAUGUCAACACCGCUUUUCUGGCGCCUGCCAUUGGACAUCAGGCCUUGAGCUUCUUGGGUUUUCGUCCCUUUCGCUCUGGCAGCACCGAGUAUUGGUUCCGACCUCCAGAACCUGAAAAGCACUGGGCGAGCGGCUUGCGACCUCGCAUCUUAGCGUCGGGGAAAGCCUUGGUUUUUUGCCAUGGUAUUGGCGUGGGGCCCACCAUGUGCAUCACAUUUCUGCAACGAUUGACAAGAUCUUUGGGACAGGAGCAUCCAAUCUUCCUUGUGGACACUGCUGGAAUCUCCAUGAGAUUUUCAGACGAUGUCCCAGGUGCCCGAGAGGUUGCAGCGAACAUUGAGAACAUGCUGCAG